CCCAAAUUUAAUUUUUCCAGCAGACUAUUACACCGGCCCGUUUAUAAAAUGGAUAAGGCUUAUUUAAGACACAAUCCUGACGGAGAACAUUUCGAUAUUACCUUUGAAUUGCACGGCGAAGGAAUAAAAAGGAAAUUCAACCUUACACGAAAGUUAUCGGAAAGUGUGGAUAGUUUUUUAACCAGAGUGAAAGCAAACGUAGAUAAGGCUGUGAACAAAAAGAAAAAGAGAAAAUCGACAUCCACAGACGAUAAACCCUUGUCGAUAACGCUUUUAUCAAACAAAAUAGAAAUUCCAAAAGACCAGUCGUGCCAAGAGGUAUUUUACUCUGACAACCCAGUUCAACUAUCAAUCAAUGAACAGGCAUUCGACGUAAUAAUUAAUUCCCCUUGGGUUCUCACAUUGACGCUGCCCAACUCUAUUUUAGCCAAUUUUCCAAUUUACCCUGCAAAAUUUGAAUCGGUGUUCACCAACACUGACAACAGUGACUUUUUAUGGUACAAAUCUCAAGACAAAAUCGAAUGGCAAAAGGCUGGUAAAGGUUUCAUUUAUCAGCCUCAAAAUACUGAUAUUAAUUGUUAUUUGAAAUUCGUUUGUGUACCGAGAAAUGAUGACUCUAUGGCUGGUCCUGAAUUUGAAGCUAUUUCCUCUUGUGUGGUUCAAGCAAGUCCUGGGGAAUGUCCUUUUGAACGAAGACAUGCUUUUACCAAAAAUAAACUAAAAGGAAAUGAAUUUCGUGUAGUCUCUUACAAUAUAUUAGCAGAUUUAUACUGUGAUUCUGAUUAUUCUAGAAAAGAAUUGUUUCCAUAUUGUCCACCUUAUGCGUUAAGCAUAGAUUACAGGAAACAAUUAUUUCUCAAGGAAAUUAUUGGUUAUAAUGCAGAUAUUGUUUGCUUACAAGAGGUGGACAGGAAAGUUUUCAAAUAUGAUUUAAAACCAACACUAUCUCAUUUGGGCUAUGAAAGUAAUUUUGACCUCAAAGGAAAUGGUGCUGUAGCUGAAGGCUUGGCAUUUUUCUAUAACACUAGCAGAUUUAUAUUACUAGGGCACGAAGAAAUAUUUUUUGCUGAUCAAAUAAAGACAAAUCCUUUGUUCGAGGAUAUUUGGGGGAAAAUCAAAAGAAAUGAGAAGCUGGCUAGUAGAAUUUCAGAUAGGACAACCACUAUGCAAGUGAAUGUGGUGGGGUCUUUAGAAAAUAAUGAGGUUCUUGUAGUGGCUAAUACUCAUUUGUAUUUCCAUCCUGAUGCUGAUCAUAUAAGACUCUUGCACGGGUGUUUGGCUAUAAGAUAUCUGGAAAAUUUUGUUAAGGAAACUAAAAAAAGAUAUUGUGAUAAAAGAGUUUCUUUAAUAUUUUGUGGAGACUUCAAUAGUGUACCCACUUGUGGUAUCUAUAAAUUAUAUACCACUGGGUUUUUGCCAGGCAACUUUCCAGACUACAGCAGCAAUCAAGAAGAAUCAAUCAAUAAUAUCAAUAUGAAGCAAUCUUUUAAGCUUCAAAGUGCCUGCGGCACACCAAAAUACACCAAUUUUACAGUCAUAUUUGCCGCUUGCUUGGACUACAUUUUUUAUGAAGAAACGAAUUUAGCUGUGUCUCAAGUUAUUCCACUUCCAAGUGAAGAGGAACUGAUAGAAAACAGUGCCAUUCCCAGUGUUGUAUUUCCAUCUGAUCAUGUUGCACUCGUUUCAGAUUUGAAGUGGAUUUGAAUUUUCACUUUUUGUUAUUUAAAUAUAUUAAUAGUAAACAAAACAAUGGUAAUUAUUUAAAUUUAUUUGAUUUUCAAAAAUUUUAAGUACAAUAUAACAACGUAUACUUUUAUUAUUGAACAAAACAAGCAUUUUUCUAAAAAUAGUAAUACAUAAUAUAUUUUAUAAAAACUUAAACAUAAAUUGCUUUCUUUAUUGUCAUGUCUUAAACCUACAUAUAACAAAUUAUCACUUUGUGGCUCACAACAAAGUUAUUUGGUCGGUAGUGGUAAAUAAAAUGCUUUUGUCAAGGUUGACACCAACAUGGGAGUCAUAACAUUACUUUUCCAUUUUUUCUGAGUAACUUGGUUCAUAACUUUAGUACAAAUAUCGGAAAAAUGACACCUGCUGGAACCGUAUUGGCUUCUCUUAAUUUCCUCACACAAAGCCUGUAUAAACCAAGAUCCCUGUUUCAUAUUUCUAAUAGCAGCAAAACCGGGAAUAGUGGCCCAAAAACAGAGCGAAUCGGCUGUGCCUGGUACUCUAGUUGCUCCAUCGGUUGUGUUAUCGUCUUCUUCAAUUUUCUGACACUCGUCGCCUUGGCAGGAUUGUAAAAUCAGCACUUUUGGUUUUCCAAUUAAAUUUUUGUGACGCAUUAUUUUUUGAAUCUCACUCACUUCAACUUUACAACUGUUUGCAGCAAAUACUACGCCAUUAGCCCCGUGUGAUAAAAUACAAAUUAUUAAACUGCUAGUUUUGGAGGCUAAGUUGGUGUAUUUUUCGAUGCAAUCGAGCAUAAGUUUGUGGGUCAAGUUAUCUUCUACUAUAACUUUGAAAUUCAUGGCUGAAAAUACUUUCUCAAGUUCGUUUUUGUCCAUAGUAGAGCCGGUUCGAUUUGGAAGUUUAUUGGAGUCUUUUGAUUCAUGCAACAAAU